CUAUCUCAGCAACAUUUAGAGAAUGAAUAUGGAACGGAUCUAGAAUCAUCUAUAUCUUCACCAUUUUACUAUAAACAAAUAGAAUACACAGACAAGAAAGGAAAAAAGAAAACAAAAGUUGAUGAAUCAUCAGCUCCAGUUUUUUAUGCAAAACUUAUUUACUCUGAAAAAUCAAAGAAAAUUCUUUCACUAUUUAAAACAAAAGGAAAUAAGAGUUUAAAUCCUUUCAAAUAUAUUAAUCAGUAUUGUAAUGUUAAAAUGGCACUAAUAAUUGAAGGAAUAUUUAUUAGUAAGACUGUUACAUCUUUACAAAUAAAAGUACAUGAGUGCUAUAUAAAACCACUUAAACCUAGGGAAUCUUUACUAACGAUUGAAGAGGAGGAGAGUGAGGGUGAAGAGAUAGCUGAUCAAGAAGCUGAA